AUGCAUAGUCACAGAAAUGACUCUUUUUUGAUCACUGACAACCUGCGAUUGGAGAUUGUUCAUGAGUCGAACCCUUAUUAUACUGGUGAACCAAUAUCACUCAUAGUUAGAAUUAGACACCUUGGGAAUCAGGAAGACCUUUCUAGCUUAAAAGAGGCAAUUCGAAAGUUGCAUCAAGAGAACGAAGCUAGAGAACAGAAUACUAAAAAUGAAGAUGGAAGCUCAUGGUCAAUGAAAUCACUGUUGAAUGCAUUUAAGGCAGAAUCAGAGAGCAAGGAUUCUAUGUCUGAGGCUGAGAGAGAGGCUAAUGCACGCACUCAAGAUCUCAUUUCUAAACAGCUACAAUUCCAUAAGCCUGUGGAUCUCAUUUCUGGAUAUGUUCAAGUAUCCGGAGUGUUCCAAUUUGAUCCAGAAUUUAUCGACGGAAGUAAGAUGAAGGAUGCCAGCACUAAACUGGUUGGUGUAGACGGUUUGAUGAACCACACCAAAGAUUCAAACGGGCUUAACUCUACGCAUGAGGUUGGCACUAGCAUAGGCGACAAUUCACUUGCGAAAUUCUUCAAUUCAAAGCAUAGUGUAUCCACUGUGGGGCUGACAUCAAAUUUGGAUGAACACAGUAAUUUGAAUGGCGACGGAAACGCUUUACUCGGUUUGGGAAAUAUGGGUACGAAUGUAGAGUACAAAAGUGUACCCAUCUUCUUGGUACCUCAGACACUAUUAUUUUCAGAAUUAACCCUGGAACCAGGAAAGACCACGGUUUAUAGAUUCAAGUCAGCAAACCUUCCCAAAAACCUAACACCAUCAUACAUCAUCUCAAAGAAUAUCUCGGUUGUAUUUAACCUUGAGCUUGGUGUGAGCAGGCUGGUUCAUGGUGAGAUCAAGCAAUACACCAUCCGUGUGCCAAUCACCGUGGCGCCCUACGUCACUAGCACGGGGUGCCAAUACACUUCGAGCCUAAAUCAUAGCCCUCAUAUUAUGGAGCACGCAAACAUCAGAGAGAUUAAACAGAAAGCUUUCAUUCAAAGAAUGCCGUCCACACCAUCAAUUGGGUACAUGAGUCGAAGGUCCUCGUCAUUCAUGGGUUUACAAGACAAGAAGGAUUGCGUUGAAGGUGUAUUACGAAAUUUUGUGGAGUUAGUCAAAUCUAACCAAGACAGUUUCAAAGAUAUCGAGAAACUGGUUGACUCACAGCUGGAUAUGCAGUUUGAAAACGAGAAGAUAGAUGAAGAAGAGCCAAUGAAUAACCAGUCUGAGGAAAGCAUAAAGCCAUAUAUGCAAAAAAAGAUGGACUCAGUAUCCAGUAACAUAUCGACUUUGAUCUCACUAUAUGGUAAAUCAUCUGGGAGUGGGCCUGAAGUAAAACGAGCGUCAGCGGCCGUACCUCAGCUCGAAGAUCUGCGAAAAAUGUAUCAAAUAAAAUGGAAUGGUCAGCCAAUAACCAAGUUAUACUUGUCUAGAUCAUUUUACACCACUUCAGAUGAUAUCGAUUUGGUUCUCGAGCUUGACCCCGAAAAGCCACCUUUGCAUAGAGUAAGCGCAGUAACUGUCUCUUUGGAAUCCUUUGAACUGCUUAACCGUGACUACGCUGCUGAUCCAGCAACAUUAACUAGGCCGCGUGGGAAUCAGAUAUAUGAAUCGCACGCUAUAUGCUUCGAUACUUGCGAUAGAAUCCCGCUCAAGAUUUUAAUCCCUAAAACUCCUAUGAAACAAAUACCUAGUCAGUUCAAAACUGAUAUAUUCCAGUUCAAAUGGAUGUUGAUAAUGAAAUUUGUUCUCAUUCCGAGGAAUGAUAAUACACCUCUGGAGCAGUUCUAUGAAGACUCAAAAGGCACGUUACUCCAUGCCAAAGAGUCAAUCGAAGGUGAAGAUUUUUCAUGCCAUAUACCUUUGCCUAUAUUGCCUUCGGCUCACAAUUUUGGUGGUUGGUGA